UUGCAUACAAGAUGUAAACAAAGAUUCAACGCAGAAAAAAAUAUAACGGUUGGGAAAGCAGGUGUACCAAAAUUAAAGGUCAUCAACUCCUUCUUGGCACUGAAAAAGAUGGAGCAGAACACAUCAGAAUCAAACAGACACAUUUAUGUCCUUCCCUCGUACACAGCCGUUCAAUGGGAUCAAGGUCACCUGGAUCACUGGAUGUUUAAGAAGGUUCAGUUCUCCAAAUACACUCAUGUAUUCCUGCCAAUAUGCAUCAAUGGGAAUCACUGGGUGUUGCUGGUUGCAGACGUAAAGCAAAGACUUGUCUACGUUCUGGACUCUAUGAAUGGGGAGGUUGGUCAGAAAUGGACAAGGAUGUGGGCAGAAUUCAUGGCCAAUCGGGACAGACUUCCAGAUGUUACUGAACAGUUUGGUGUGUGGAACUUCCCGGAGAUCAGAAGCAGCAAACAGACCGACAGUAAUUCAUGCGGUGUGUUCACCCUGAUGAAUGCGGAAUGCAUUGCCAAGGAUGUUCCCAUAGCAGUCAUGAGACAAGUGCAUUGCCAAAGAUAUAGACAAUAUGUUAAGGCAUCUUUGCUCAAUGCUGGAGCAGCAAAGUCGGACUCUAAGUGUGACAUGCCAGAUUGUAGGAUACCUAAAGGACACAAAAGAUGGGUCCAGUGUUGCGUGUGUGGACGUUGGCUCCACACAAAGUGUUGCAGGAUUCCGACAAAGGCAGCCAUCGAGGAGGAAUACGAAUGCUGCUUCUGUGAAGCCAUGUAUAGAUAGACAUUCAUAGCUCAUUAUUGCUACCAAUUGGUUUGGAAAAGCUUCCUCUUCCAAUUUCUAUUAGGACUGGUCAAAUUUGAUGAACAAUGUGUUAUGGUGUAGUUUAUCUGUCUGUUAAUUUUUGUUAUCUCCUACAUUUUUCUAACAAUCUCUUUGAAACUUGGUAUUCAUUAUAAUUAUGAUAGGAAAUUGUAUUACCCUGAAAAGGUUUUAAUUUCAUUAUUUUUGAACAAGUUUAUUUCAGUGAUGAAAAUUCUUGUCACAUCAUUCCUAUUUUUAUCCUGCCAUCAUCAGAUGGUGGACUAUUCAAAUCGCCCUGCAUCCAUCAUCUCUAUGUCCAUAACAAUCCUUGUUAUCAUUAUGUCAAAGUACUGGAGGUACAUUUCUAUAACAUGAUGAGUAGGUUCCCCUUAGUUCCCAGUUGUGUUAAAACAAAAUGACUGACAGGUGGCCAUCUUUGAUUUUGAGAACUAGAAGAUUUUUGUAGCUACAUUGUAUUUCUUAAAGUACUGGAGGAGUGUUUUGCAAACUUCACUUGUUCUUGUCAUCAGAUUAUGAAGAGGGAAAAAAAAGAAAUGGAAAAGUAAUGAAAUCAGUCUGACAUAGAACCAUUAGAGAUUGUUCAAUGGUGUACACCAAGAUUCCCCUGGUCUCCUGUUAAUUAGAAAAAUGGAUAUAAAUAAUUUCUUGAAAAGUACUGAAGGAAUAUUGCUCAAAUUUUGCUUGUAGGUUCCCAUUGGUAUCAAGUUGUGUCAAUUCAAUUUAGAUUUUUGAUGAGAAAAAUAGAAUGGUCGUCAGACACCCAUCUUAGAUUUGAAGAAUUAAAGUUUGUUAUAUUAUCACUAUUUCUUGAAAAGGGAUGUUUCUCAAACUUCACAUGUACAUGAAGGUUCCAUUUGUUCUUUGAAUCAGAAUAUUAAGAAAGAAAAAAUAAGGGAGAGUUAUAGAAGAUCAGUGUGACACAGAACCGAUCAUUGAAUUGUGGGUACCAAUUUUCCCCUGGGAUCACUCGUUAGCCUCAAUUUUGAAAAUUAAUUGAUAGGCUUUAUAUAAGAUAUGAAGUUGUUUCCCACCACAAAAAAAUUUUGGAUUGGUCCAAUGAAUACUUUAAUAUUAUUACUGGGGAGGGGGUAGACUUUACAAUAGUUUAUAUAGGGAUGACUUUCCACAUUUUUGACAAUCAUUUAAUUGUUGACAUUUAAUUUGUUAACAUUAUCAGCAUUGGAUGACAGCUUAAUGAUAUGCACAUGUUGGCCCUGACAGACCCCCAGGGACUGAUGUGUGGGGCUAAAAAGGGUCAAUUAGAUUAACUGAAAUAUUUCAAAUCUCAGGUGACCGUUAAGGCCCAUGGGCCUCUUGUUAAUUUGUAGAUUUCUUUUGCAUCUAUUACAUUUACUUUUUUGUAACAGAAUCUGUAUUAUAUUUUCUUGUGUCACAAGAUUUGGAAUUAUAUGUAAAUUGUAUAUAUCAUUGCCACACCAAAUGAAAUUUUAUGAUUCAUUUGUCAAGCUAUGACUGUUACACUUUUCAGAUAUAUAAGUCAUUAAAAAGGAGGAAACAUUUCAAAAACUAUAGAAAUGUUAUAUAUAUAAAAAAUAUUCAAACAUUAAAUUCAGUGAAGUUUUCUUUGAUGUUCUACUUCUAAGAUGUAUGAUCCCUGUGCUUGCUUUUGAUGAAGUCUAUUUGGAAUUUCAUUAGUAGGAACAAUUGGAGUUACAAAUACUUUGGUGUGGCCUUCAUUCUCUAACUUACAUAUAAAGUUAUUAAGUCACUUGCUUCGCUAUGUAGCUUGUAGCUGUGACAAAUGAAAUAUUCAUUAUAACUUUUCCUUUGUGCUGAAUAAAAUGUGAAAAGUACCAUAA